AUAUAUGUCUCUACUGAGCUGUUUUCCGACGGAGUAACCAGCCCAGCUUCGUCGGACUUGCCAGUCUGUGGCCGGGAGCUCCACUAGUGGCGCGCUCAUUCCCAAGACCACCCACCUCGCGAAUUCUGAAUCCAUCAAGUCUGCCGGUGGUCCCAUAGCGUCUCUGCCAAAUGUGCGUGAAGCCCAUAAGCACGACGCCGGCGCCCAACCGCGUCUCUGUCGCUCAAUGGGCGUUGCCUCGCCAGCGCACAGAGACGCGUCGCCUGACCCCCGGAUAUGGACCUUACUCCCGAUACACCCUCGCGUGGGUGUGCAUGUACUGGCGGUCCGUCGCGCUCGGCUGCCGCACUCUAUGGAGUCGCAUAUUCGUUACACAGACAUCUCUGAUUGCAAGUUCAAUGCCUACGAGGUAUCUGUGGACUCCAUCUUCGGCGAGAUCCACCGCAUCCGCAGUUUGGAUUUCUGUACCGAAGAUGACCUACGGCGUACGUGGCUCGAGACGCGAGAGGCUAAGCCCACGCCGCAUCUCCAGACGCUAAUUGUCAAGCACUCGUCUGGCCCCAUGUUGUCAGGCUACCCAAGUCGGCGUCAACUUGAACCAUUUCUUGCGGCAAAUGUAACGGGGGAACUGGCGCCGGCUCUCACACGACUCGAGACCCAGAGGUUCGGCUUCCGGUUGUCGAGCCUGAAGCUCACCACGCUCCGACACCUUACGCUGAGCCAAGCCAUGGAUUUUCCCCGAUCUGGAGUGUGUGAGUUCCUGGAGACGGUGGCUCACAUGCCGUUACUCGAAAGCCUGGUCGUCCGUCAAGCCAUCUCACCUGUCCAGACACCGCCACCUGCUCCACCACACGCACAGCGUACUCUCUUUCUCCGGCAUCUACGGUCGCUCGUCCUAGAGGAGGACGGCCGGGUUUGCGCUGCCGUACUCAAGCGCAUGGAGCUAUCCGCGCUAUCGCAACUAUCCGUACAGUUCCGCAACUGCCACAAUAUUCAUACGAGACACGACGUGGUUACCUGCGUCGACCAACUCAUGGCCAGGUUUCCCCCCGUUCGCAACGUUCGCGGACUCCGUCUCGUACACACUGCCCACGUCGCUUCUCACAAAAAGUAUGGAUACAGGGGUACGAACGCCCCGCGGACAGCCUCAUCUCUGGCCCGCCCGACAAGCACCACGGCCGUCCACCCGUAGUGGAGAUCGCCCUGGACGUCAGCCCAUGGCUGUCGUUCGUCCUCUACGAUGUCUGCACGCGCCUACCCUUCGGUCCCCGGGUA